GUUACCGGACGCGGCAGAACGCGUCGCCAUGCAGUCGCGGCAGCUCCGCUGGGAGACUCUGGCGGCUCUGCGCAACUCCAGCAAGGGCCAGCUGAGCUACUGCCGCCACUGGCUCCAGGAUGAGGAUAUCUUGGAAGGAUGCAUGUCUCCUCUUGUGUUGUCCCCAUAUUCUGGCUGGGUCCUAGACAAAGUGAUUGGGCAAUCAGCCCCAGAAAUCGCACCCUCCAGAAGUUCAACGCCUAAAGAAUCCACUCCCCUCACGCACUGGUCAUCUUCUCUGGAGAAGAUCACGUCUGCCAGCCACCAGGGUUCUUCACCGCUUUCAUCUGCAGACCCAAGUGAAACAAAGGAGUUGCUGAUACUGUACUCAGUCACUGAUUUUGCUUACGCACUGACCACGCAGGGAAAUGAAGAUCUUGGUCUUCUGGAAAUGGAUCAAGAAGCCUUUCUGGCGGUUCUGCCAUCUAAAGUUACAGAAGUUGAAGGCUGCAUUCGGAUGUAUGAAGAGAUGCACAGGUUGAAAGGAAAGGAGGGGCUAAGGCAACGGCAGGAGCAGCAAGAGCAGAUGGUGAGGGCAGUGUACGACCUGGCAAGUGAACAACUGAAGCGCUUUGAUGAACUGAAGGAGCUAAAGCAGCAUCAGGAAUUCCAAGAUUUGCAAGAAGUGAUGGAGAAGAGCUCAAAGGAGGCUCAGGGACAGCAAGAGAAGCUGAAGGAAGAACACCGACACAGAGCAAAGGUAUUAAACCUAAAACUGCGCGAAGCAGAGCAGCAGAGGCAGCGUCAGGAAGAGCUGGAGCGUUUGCGUAAGGAAGAGGGCCAGGAAAGAUUGCGUCGCCUUUAUUCCAUCCAGGAGGAAGUGCUACAGCUUAACCAGCAGAUUGAUCCCAAUUAUAGACACAAAGACUUGCCAAGAAUCGAUCUUUCUGCAUACAGUAAUCGUGGCAACCAGAUCUGUGGGCUGGUGUCAGGACUCAUCCGCACCACAAGCGAGAGAGGUUUCCCUACUCCGGUAGAUGUGGCCAAUACUGAGCGAGCACUGCAGGAGAUGCGAGGGUUGAUAACCAGCAUGCAGCAAGAAAUCGCCACAGCUGUGGAAGAAAAAAGGAGGAGAGAUGAAGAGGAAGAGAGACAGAAGCAGAAAGAGUUACUGAAAAAAGAGCAGAUGAAGGCUCAGAAUCCUGCCCCUGCACAGCAGUCAGGGAGAAAGCAGCAGAAGGAAGGACUUCAAGUUAAGGCAGAAGAAAGUACUAUGCAGUGGUACCAGCAGCUUCAAGAUGCUGCUGAGCAGUGCGUUGCUUCUUUCAGUGGAAUCAGCAACUGCAAAGACAACAAUGAGGUUAAGAAGAUAAAAACAGACUUGCAGAAAGCAGCAACGAUCCCCGUCAGCCAGAUCUCUAGAAUAGCAGGCUCUCAGCUGAGAGAGAUAUUUGACAAGAUCAAUAACCUGCUCUCUGGAAAGUCUGUUCAGAGUGGAGGGCGAACUGUAUCAGUGACUCAGCAUCCACAGGGGCUGGAUUUUGUUUAUUACAAACUUGCGGAGAAAUUUGUGAAUCAAGGAGAAGAAGAAGUAGCUUCUCACCGUGAUGCAGCUUUCCCAAUUGCUGUGGUGGCCUCAGGAAUCUGGGAAAUACAUCCUCGAGUUGGAGACCUCUUUUUAGCUCAUCUGCACAAAAAGUGCCCCUAUUCUGUGCCAUUUUACCCUGCACUGAAAGAGGGAACUUCUAUGGAAGAGUAUCAAAGGAUGCUUGGAUAUCAAGUUAAGGAUUCUAAGAUGGAAGAGCAAGAUCAUUUUCUUAAACGGAUGUCAGGAAUGAUUCGUCUGUAUGCUGCUAUCAUUCAACUCCGGUGGCCUUAUGGAAACAAACAAGGGACACAUCCUCAUGGGCUGAAGUAUGGAUGGCGCUGGCUUGCUCAGAUGUUGAAUAUGGAGCCUCUGGCAGAUGUGACAGCUACACUUCUUUUUGAUUUUCUGGAGGUGUGUGGCAACGCUCUCAUGAAACAGUAUCAGGUUCAGUUCUGGAAAAUGAUGUUGCUUAUCCGAGAAGACUAUUUCCCAAGAAUUGAAGCAAUUACCAGCUCUGGACAGAUGGGCUCUUUAAUGCGUUUCAAGCAAUUCUUGGAGGAAUGUCUACAGCAGAAGGAAAUUCCAUUACCAAAGGGUGCUCUGCAGUCUUCCUUCUGGAGAUCAUAAAUCAGUUUAUAUUUCUUUCCCCUUGGAUGUCAGCGCUUUCAGACCUGGCUUCCUGUUUCCAUGUAAAGGCAAAAUAAAUAUAUUUUGUAUAUAGAGGAAUGAAGAGAAAAUAUUCCAUCAACCUGUUAAUGUUUAAUUCAUCAAGACUUAUGUUGGGCUGAACAAACUCAUGUUUAAUUUGUUGUGAAUAAUUAGAAGUUAUUCUUUGCUUUGGGUUUUUAUAGAGUAAAUUAUGGAAAAUUGAAGACUUUUCCUUCAUAUGUUUAAACACGCAGAAGGUGUUUUAAAUACAGUAUCCAGAUGACCUCUGGGUUUGAGAGAUAAAAACUCUUGGACUGAAAA